CCAUUCGAUCACUCUCCACGUCGUUAAUCCGCGUGAAUACCCAUUUCAACGGCUGAGAUCCCCGUUGCGGAAGCUACCGGUAGAGAGAGCAAACAAGCUUCCCCCUCCCUCUCUUCCAAAUUUCUGAUUUUUUUCCCGAGAAAAAAAAAGAGGGAAGCUUUUUCAUUCGAUUUUUCUUUUUUCUAAAUAUGAAGUUGUUGGAAGAGCAGAGAGAAUUCGAGGAUGAAAACGAAAUUAAGACUGUGGAGGAAGAAGAGGCUGUGCGUGAAGAUGAAAGUGAAGUAGACGGCGGCGAAGAGGAGGAAGAAGACGAUGAUGACGACGGCGAAUAUGAAGAAGACGACGAAGACGAAGGAGAGAAUGAUGAAGAUGAUGAAGUGCAGGGUUAUUCAAUCUUCCGGCGGUCCUCCGGUGCAAUCAGUUGAUGACGACGAGGACGAGAACGAUGAGGACGAAGACGAAGAUGGUGAAGGCGGCGGAGACGACGACGGUGAGGACGACGCUGAUGAAGAAGAGGAAGAGGAAGUAAACGUAGGUGCUGGCAAGAUUGAAGCUCCACCGAAGAGGAAGAGAUCGAACAGAGAUGAUUCCGAUGUCGAUGGUGAUGACAGCGGAGAGGAUGAUGAUAAUGAGAGGCCGUCCAAGCGAUAGGGCUGAUGAAAGGACCAGUGAGGGC